AUGUUUUCAAUAGUUGUCUUUCUGAUAACAGCGAGACUACAGGUCUAUGGAGUCAUAAGUGGGGGAGAGAAUCAAGAAGAUUUUGAGGUUCUCUGCGAACUAACGGCGCUAGCCAAAAGCAAAGUCAAUCUAGUGCCAGCCGUCGAUGAUACCCAAGACAUAGCAGCCACAAUUGGGGUGAUAAAUAUAUCUCUUGCAAACGCCGACUUUAUAAGCAAGAUCGAUCUAAAAAAGGACUACAGUGAUUCCAAUGCCUCAAUGAAAGAAGCGGCGGACGGCAAACCUAGCAAAUACGCGUUUCUAAAAAAUGUGCUAGAGGUUAGCCACGGGCAAGACAAAAAAUCUUAUGCAGAAGUACGACGACGGCAACUAACGACAGCGGCAAAGCGAAAGUUAAUCCAGGCGGCAGAAGUCGCAUUUCAGAUCAGCGAAACGGCCAAAAAUGAGGCGCAGCAAAUUAAAGCUGAAGCCGUCACUGCUGCCCUAACCAAAGCGCUCUACGGCGAGACUGGAAAUAGCAAAAAUGCAAGGCUGCCAGACACGAACCGGGCUAGCGGCUGCGGCAACAGCAACAAAAAAGGUGGGAGCCACGCAGGUAAUUCAAUUGCCCUCGACAUAUUAUGUCUUUGCGGCAAACAUAGCGGAGAGGCAAGGGGGAACACGGCAUGCGGCAAACAAUUGACCAGGGGCGAACUAGAUAACGACUGGACACCAAACGCCGACCCGACCACACUUUUCAACGCCAUCAUAGAAAAAUGCAACACCAAGAAGCCUUCACUCGGCUUAAGCCCGGCGGCAAUCAACGCCGCCCUUAGCCGAUUCGCAGCGCGGAUGGCAAAAUCCAAAGGAACAAACCGUGACUUCCACAAUACACUGGGCUACCUCGAAGGCACCGGAGCCGGAGGCUGCAGCGGCGACGCCACCAGCACCCACGGACCAUGUGUUGCUUACCAAACAGCGCAACUACAAAACGGCCUCCAAGGCAUCCCAUGGGUAAAAGAGCUAACAAGCGCAGGCAGCACACUACAGGAAGCCGAAAAACAUCAGCAUACACUUAAGCUUUUAAACCAACGAAUCCACAUGCUAAACCUAACCGUUACGCAUUUGCUAGAAGACACAGUACCGGCCAUGACGACAUUACUAAAUAGCAAAAACGACGGCGAUGCCCAAUCAAAUAGACAAAACAAAGCGGAUGAAGAGUGCAACAAAGCAGGAGAUGAUAAAACUGAAUGUGGAAAGAAAACAGGAUGCACAUUCGAUGAAAAUAAGCCAGCCGGCCAAAAGUGCACAUUGAGUGAGGAAGGGAAAGCAGCAGAAGACAGAGAGGCAGCAGAAAAUCAAGAAGGAAAAAAAGAGAAAACAACAAACACCACAUGGAGCAAUUCUUUUGUCAUUCAUAAGGACCCUAUUCUGCUUGCAUUUUUGACCUUAGGAGCAAAUAUUUAA